AUUUGUUGUGAACCAAUGAUUACUGAAUAUCUUUAAACCAUUAAAGUUUUGUUUUUACCUCUAAGGUAUUAUGGCGGGGCUCCGUUAUAUCCUCUUUUUUAUUCUAUCCUCGAUUGGGCAACCAUACAAAGUUGGUCUCUUGUUGAACUCCGAAGAGCAGGAUGAGUCCAAUGCCAUCAAAAGCCUCGCCCAAUACACCAUCUCAAAACUUAACAAAUCCAACACCAAACUGCAACUGAUAGAACGAUACCAUGACUCGAUAUACCUGAACCUCAUGAACAGUGUUUGUGAACUUAUUGAUGAAAAUGUUGUAGCUAUCAUAUCUUGGUCCGAUUCAACUUUAACGGCGAUUCAGGUGAAUUUGGCAAAUCAGUUUCAUGUUCCACUUGUUGCUGCAGUGGAUACGAACCCAUUCAUUGAAUCUCACUCUAAGGAAAACUUUGAACUGAGACUUUCACCAUCAGACGUAUAUCAGGGUCAAGCUAUAUUCGACUUGUUGAAGGAGUACAAUUGGUACCAAUUCUCAAUUCUGGCAUCGGCAGACGAUUACGGGAUUAACAGCAUCGUGAACUUGCAAUAUCUGGCCUCGCAAGAUGACAACUUCAGCAUUAGGGACAUCCAACAUUUUGAUGUAAGAAAGGAUCUGUCAGAUUCAGAAAAUUCUUCUUUGUUUGAAAAAGAGCUUCAACUGAUCAAAGAUUCAAUAGUUAAGGUUAUUGUGCUAAAUUGCGAUGGAAAGUUCGCAAAAAUAAUAUUCAGGGAAGCCGAAAGAAAGGGCUUGAUGGACGAAUCAUUUGUCUGGAUAACGACAGAUGCGAUCACAUCUAAACCAGAAACAAUGGCCUAUGAUGACUUGUCCUACCCUUCUUUCUAUCAAGGAUUGUUAGGAACGCUGCCUCACUAUGGAAAAGGUUCCACACAAUACAACGAUCUGGCAAAUGCAUACAUUAUGAGUGGUGGUAGAUCCUCGGAUUUGCGCAUGUCAUCUGUAAAAGUUUCUAUGGGUCUAGAAAUCGUCCAUUUCUCUCUAAAAGAGCUUGAUGAAGGUGAAUGGGACAACUCCCCAUCAGUUAGAAUUAGCUGUAAAACACCUUCUUACUGGGUUGGUGGUGAAGAACUCUUCAGCAAAUUGGAUGAAAAUUUCCAAAACGGAACAUAUGACAAUUCUGGGGUGGUCAUUCCAACGUAUGACAUACUGAACUUCCAAGAAAAAGGCUUUGAGAAGGUUGGAAAAUGGGAAAAGUCCAGGGGUCUUGUUAACCUUGGUAAGGAUGAAACAAUAUCACGGUGGGUUGAAAGAAAAGAUGUUCUAUUUAGUGGCAAUAAGUACUCACCUCCCAGUGGAAUAGGGAACACGCUCACCGGCUAUCACCUUCGAAUUGGCAUAGUUACAGAUCCACCGAUUGCGUAUUUCGACGAGAAGUGUGGUAAUAAUUCUAGUCCUGACUGCUGGUACGGCUGGAAUCCUGAUAUCUUCCAAAAACUUCAGGAAGACCUAAACUUUACGUACGAAUAUGUUCAGCCGGCAGAUAAUAAAUUUGGUGGCUUGAACAAAGAAACAAAAGAAUGGAAUGGAAUGAUUAGAGACAUUCUGGACAGAAAAACAGACUUGACCAUAACUAUAUCAAUAAGUACUGAGCGGUCCAAAUACAUCGACUACACUGCAUCUAUCUAUGAGGAUCAGGCUGCUUUCGUUCUUCAUACUAAGGCCUCCAAAAGUUCAUCGAACUUGUUCUUUUUCCUGGAACCCUUCGACUUAUUAGUUUGGAUAAGCAUCAUUGGCCUAAUCCUGGUGAUCGCUCUUUUGACCACAUUUUUCAGUAAGUUCUCUCCUUUCGGAAAAUAUGGCAGGACUAUCCACGCUAUGCAGAGUUGUGUAUGCGCCAAAUGUGUGCUAAGGAGAGAAAUAAAAGUGGCUAAGAAGUGUAGAUUUGUUGACACGAAGGAAUAUAGUUGUUUGGUGGAGAAAGUGGAGGAGGACGAUGGGGUGAACGAGCUCUCUUACUACAACUCAACAUGGCUUAUUGGAACAGGUUUUGUUCUGCAGGGGACUGACAAAUUUCCUACAGCACCGUCUGGUCGCUUCCUUCUUUUCAUGUGGUGGCUCUUCAUCAUGAUUCUCACCUCAAUGUACACGGCAAAUCUAACUGCUCAUCUGACGCUGGAUCGUUCUACCGCAAAAAUUACCAAACUAGACGAUCUGUUGAACCAGGGAGACUAUAAGUGGGGACUUUUAAAUGAUCGUUUUAUUCAGAACAUGAUGUCUGAUCAUGAUGAUGAAACAUACAACAAAAUUGUUAGCAGUGGAGUCGGAUCGGAAAGUUUAGAUGAAGGCAUCACAAGAGUUAAAAAAGGUGGUUUUGUCUUCAUUGAUGAAGGCUCUGUGCUCACGUACAAUUUCAGGGGAGACUGCGAAGCUGCACUUACGAAAACAGGCAAAUUCAACAACCAGUGGGCUUUAGGAACACAAGUAAAUUCACCAUAUUCAGCAGUUAUCAACAACAUGUUUCUACAAUACCGUGAGAGGGGUUGGUUAACCACCAAAUUUGACGAAUGGUAUAACUCUGCUGAUGAGAACAUGCCGACUUGUUCUUCUUCGGUUGGCAAUGAUACUAAAUUCGGAAUUCCGAUUUUAGCGGGACUGUUCCUUAUUUUAGGUGUUGGAGCUGUAAUAGCCUUUGUCACGGUGUUAUUUGAAAUACUUUACGUUUCCUGCCUAGACAGUAUAGAAAAGGGGCAGAGCAUCUGGCAAUGUUUGCGGAGAAGAAUAAUAUAUAAAUAUCGUGAAGUCAUUGAAGAGUGGUUUCAUAGAAGUCACAAAAGGGUCGAAGACCAUGAUUCAAACGGGUUUGAUCGAAACUAUAAGGAAGAGGUAAUUUCUAAUACUUCUAUCUGAAGUGUUAAAGGUUUUAUCACAUGCUGAUAGUUAUGCUUUCAAUAUAGACCUCAAAGGAGUAUGAGUUUGUGAAUAUAGAAGAACCUAAGUUUGAAGAAACACUAUACGUUCCUUGUAAGAGUAUUGACGACAUUUAUGGUUUACGGUGAGGCAGUAUCAUGGCCCUUAUCACCAAUGUUAUUUAUCUUGCAUAGAUUUUGUGCAAUAUGACAUUGAAAUUAGAUGCAUAGCUGAUAGCAGUUGAUCUUAUUUAUAAUUAGGAUGAAAAUAGUUCAAAUUCCUUUAAUUCCUGUAUGAUAUUGAUACAAUUGAAGUGAUUUUUGGUGGUGUAUUGUUAAUCUUUGCUCGUUGUAUUAUGUAGUUCUACCAACGCACUUACCGAUCUUUGAACCGAGUAGUGAUUCCAAGUGGGAGCUUGAUAGGGGAACUUCCUCUACAAUGAAUUCAGUACUGAAGUCAGAUCACUACAUCAUAAAAUCGAUCGAAGAAUCAUAAACUAUCUUAAAUCUUAUUUCAUCUUUAUCGGGAUUAUUCAUAAAUAAUAUAUAAUAUAAUGUAUCUCUACUUCUUAUUUGCAUCUGAUAAAUCAUUUAUAUGAGUCUAUCCCCUGUCUCUAAAGUAAUUCUAAAAUCAAAGUGUAUAAAAUAUAGACGUACUAUUACUAAAGUACUAAACUACGAAGUAAGUAGUCUACAGCAGAAUUGAUAUUUUCUGUAUAAUAGAUUGUUUUUUUGAGAUU